AUGGAACCAAAUGUUGGUGAUAAGGAUCUUGUUGAAGAGCCAAAAGAGGGAAUGUCAUUUUCCUCAGUUGAGGAAGUAAGGACAUACUAUACUAAGUAUGCAAAACAAGUUGGUUUCGGAGUGACAAAGCGAAGUUCCAAAGUCGGAGAUGAUGGAAAAGUAAGAUAUUUCACCCUUGCUUGUGUCCGUCAAGGCACUUCUACGAGCACAUCGUCGAAUAUUCUUAAACCGAGACCGAUGGAACACAAUGGAUAUAAAGCAAAAAUCAAUGUGAUAUUGGGUUCUGAAGGUGAAUUUUGCUUGACCCAUGUUGUCCUUGAGCACACUCAUACUCUCAGUCCUGGAAAAGCAAGAUAUAUUAGAUGUCAUAAGAGAUUGGAUGAGCCAAUGAAGAGAAGAUUAGAAUACAAUGAUAUGGUUGGCAUUCAAUUGAGCAAGAAUUACAAUUCUUGCGUCGUUGAGGUAGGAGGGUAUGAGAAUUUGACGUUUGGAGAAAGAGAUGCACGUAAUUACAUACGUGAGGUUAGAUUACUUCGGCUUGGGUUAGGAGGAGCCGAAGCAUUACAAAACUACUUUGCUCGUAUGCAGGCACAAAAUGAUGGUUUCUAUUAUGUCAUGGACGUUGACAAUGAAACCAGACUACGCAAUGUAUUUUGGGCGGAUGCACGUAGCAGAGUUGCAUACAAGUCGUUUGGUGAUGUUAUAACUUUCGAUACGACGUACUUGACCAAUGCAUACAAAAUGCCAUUCGCUCCUUUUGUGGGCGUUAAUCAUCAUGGUCAAUCAAUUCUUUUUGGAUGUGGCUUGAUUUCUAGGGAGGACACAGAUACAUUUGUAUGGUUAUUUGAGUCAUGGCUUAAGUGCAUGAAUGGUUGCGCUCCAUAA